CACAACAACUCUACUCGAUAGAAAGAGAGAACUUCAAGAGACAGAUCUACAGAUCUACAGAAGCUAAAAGCUUACACAGAGAAAGCUAAAAAGAAAACCUGAAACUCAACGACAUCAGCUUGAUCAGAGAAACGUUUUGCAACUCUAGUUGAUGAGAAAAAUGUCUGCUGGAAUGAAAAACCUGAAAUUAACUUCUUUCAUCUUCCUCAUCCUGUUUUGCUGGGUGUCUGCUCAGGAGUGCAGUGGCGAGUGCAAGUGCCCUGAUAUGCCCCCUGAAUGCCCUGCUGGUGUGAGCUUGGUCAUGGAUGGUUGUAGCUGCUGCAAGGUGUGUGCCAAACAGAUGGGCGAGCUCUGCACUGAGAAUGACAUCUGUGACCAUCACAAAGGGCUUUUUUGCGACUUUGGCUCCCCUAUGAACCGCAGGAUCGGAGUUUGCAUAGCCAAAGAAGGUUCUCCCUGUAUCUUUGGAGGCAUGGUGUACAGGAGUGGAGAGAGCUUCCAAAGCAGCUGUAAAUACCAGUGCACCUGUCUAGAUGGGGGCAUUGGCUGUGUGCCCCUCUGCAGCAUGGACAUCCGCCUUCCAAGCCCAGACUGCCCCAUGCCACGACGAGUUAAGGUCCCAGGAAAAUGCUGUGAGGAGUGGGUGUGCGAUCACCCAAGACAACAAACCAUGGUUGGACCUGCCCUGGCUGCUUACAGAGAGGAAGCUACCUAUGGUCCUGACCCUUCCAUGAUGCGUGCCAACUGCCUGGUUCAGACCACUGAAUGGAGCGCAUGCUCCAAGACUUGCGGCAUGGGAAUCUCCACCAGGGUCACCAACGACAACAAGCAAUGCAGGCUGGAGAAGCAAACCAGACUGUGUAACACGUACCACUGUCAUCUAAAUCCCCUCUUAUUUAUAUCUUUGCAGAAAGGAAAGAAGUGUAUCCGCACUCCCAGGAUCUCCAAGCCCAUGAAAUUUGAGUUUUCCGGCUGCACCACUACUAAAACCUACAGGCCCAAGUUCUGUGGAGUCUGCACCGAUGGCCGCUGCUGCACUCCCCACAGAACAGCCACCCUCCCCGUGGAGUUCAAGUGCCCCGACGGCGAGGUGAUGAAGAAGAAGAUGAUGUUCAUCAAGUCCUGCGCCUGCCAUUACAACUGCCCUGGGGAGAACGACAUCUUCCAGUCCAUGUACUACAGAAAAAUGUUUGGAGACAUCGCUUAAAAAAUAGAAGAACAAAAUACUGUUGACUGUUAACUUGAAUUGAACAGAUAUCCAUCUCAUUUGUAGAGAUAACAAAAUAGCACAACACAUUUUGCAUUUCUUUGUUUUUACAAAAGAAAAAAACACAGAAAAGUGUGUGUGUGUAUGUGUGUGUGUGUG